GGGCCCGGCGGCCGCUGCCUUCGUCUGCACCGUGGUGUUUCCCGCGGGGGACGCGGUUGAGACCGAGGCUGUGACUGGAGGUGUCUCCGGCCGAACCGGAAGUGGUGGCCUGCUGGGGAAAUCCAGUAAAGGCACCAGUCCAUCUCUCCGGUGGCGCUGGUUACUGUCGGGUUGGCUUUUGACCCGCGGCGUCUGUUGGAGCCCCUGUUUCAAGAAAUGUGCUUGCACCGGAUCUGCCGCAACUCAUCUGAUACAAACAGAAAAAGAAACAAAUACCAAAGAAGUAAGCAUAAUGUGGCUUAUCUUUUGUUUGGAAAGUUGAACAGUGUUUUCACUUAGAGAUGGCUGACAAAGGUGGGAAGAUCCUUCCAGUACCGUUAUACAUUGAAGUGGAGUAUGACUAUGAAUACGAGGCAAAGGAUAAAAAGAUUGUGAUAAAACAAGGUGAGAAAUACAUGUUGGUGAAAAAAACUAAUGAUGAUUGGUGGCAAGUCAAAAAGGAGGAACAUUCCAAGCCCUUCUAUGUGCCAGCCCAGUAUGUGAAAGAAGUAACACGAAAAGCACUGAUGCCACCUGUUAAACCAGCAGGUGGACUGCCAAAUAGUUCUUUGAAACUGAUGCAUGCAGGGUUACAGAGGUCAACAGAAAAUGUGAACAAGUCACCAGAACUUUCUAGUUUUGGAAAAACUGCUCCAGUUCAAGUGUCUGGUCUAGUUUGGGAUGCCAAUCAGAAUCUGGGACCAAAUAGUAGCCCAGGUCAAACUGUUUGCUUGAAUCUGGACCUUGCCCAAAAUAAUGGAAAACCAAAUAAUGAGUUACAGUCACCCAAGGUUUCCAGCCAAUACAGGACCCUCUCUGUGGGCCAUUUCCCUUGUCCUGAGUUCAUGGAAAUAGAAAAGACCAGCUUUUCCCUUGAACAGUCUUGUGAUUCAGCAGGAGAAAGCUCAGAAAAAAUCCAUCAAGAUUCAGAAUCUGGAGAUGAACUCAGUAGCAGCUCCACAGAACAAGUUCAGCCAACUACUCUACCAAGCCAAGGGAGGCCUGAUUCACCAGUUUAUGCUAAUUUACAAGAACUGAAAAUAUCUCAGUCUGCACUCCCACCUUAUCCUGCAAACCCACCAAUUCAAGUUAAUGGAGAGUGGGAAACUCAUAAAGACACUACAGGACGCUGUUAUUACUACAAUCGAGGAACACAGGAAAGAACCUGGAAACCUCCACGUUGGACCAGAGACACAAACGUAAAUAAAGGGGAUCCCCAGAGCCAACUAGAUCAUGAGCAUCUUUCAUCAGAAGAAAACGACCACAGUUCUUGUUACAGCCAGUCAGAUAGUCAGUAUGGUUCUCCUCCAAAGGGUUGGUCAGAAGAGUUGGAUGAACAUGGUCAAACCUUAUAUACCAAUGACUAUACUAAUGAAAAGUGGAUAAAACAUGUAGAUGAACAAGGUAGACCAUAUUACUACAGUGCUGAUGGAUCACGUUCAGAAUGGGAACUGCCAAAGUAUAAUGCUUCGCCACAGCAGCAAAGAGAAAUAAUUAAGAGUAGGAGUCUGGACAGGAGGCUACAAGAGCCAAUAGUUUUAACAAAGUGGAGGCACAGCACAAUUGUAUUGGACACCAAUGAUAAGGAUUCUCCAUCUGCUUCCAAGACGAGCUUCCCUGAAAAUGAGUCAUCUCCUUCUUCACCAAAGCACCAAGCCACCGGUCAAGAGAAGUAUGGAUUAUUAAAUGUGACAAAAAUUACAGAAAAUGGGAAAAAAGUUCGGAAAAACUGGACGUCAUCAUGGGCAGUGUUACAAGGUUCGUCAUUAUUGUUCACUAAAACCCAAGGAAGUGGAACUGGCUGGAAGUUUGGGGUUAAUCAAUCUAAGCCAGAAUUUACAGUGGAUCUUAGAGGGGCAUUUAUUGACUGGGCUUCAAAGGACAAAUCCAGCAAAAAGAAUGUCAUUGAGUUGAAAACCCGACAAGGAACUGAACUCUUAAUACAAUCGGAUAAUGACAGUUCGAUUAAUGAGUGGUUUAAAGUUCUUACUUUAACCAUCAAUAAUCAGGCAGUAGAGUCUGAUGAGGCAUUAGAAGAUGAUGUACCAGAUUCCCCAGGGCUGGAAAAGCAAGACAAAGAGAAGGAUAAUAAGGAUUCUAAGAAACUUCGUUCAAUGAAACUGUCUAGCAGUAUAGAUGCUUCAGAACAGAAGAAGACCAAAACAAAGCUGAAGAAAUUUCUCACACGGCGACCUACGUUACAAGCUGUCCGUGAAAAGGGCUACAUUAAGGAUCAGGUGUUUGGCUCAAACCUCACCAGCUUGUGUCAUAGAGAAAACAGCACCGUGCCAAAGUUUGUGAAGCUGUGCAUUGAGCAUGUUGAGGAACAUGGAUUAGAUGUUGAUGGGCUAUACCGAGUCAGUGGCAACCUUGCAGUGAUACAGAAGCUAAGGUUUGCAGUUAAUCAUGAUGAGAAAUUAGACUUGAAUGACAGUAAAUGGGAAGACAUACAUGUCAUCACAGGAGCACUAAAAAUGUUUUUCAGAGAGCUGCCAGAACCACUCUUCACAUAUAAUCACUUCAAUGACUUUGUCAAUGCAAUUAAACAAGAACCAAGACAACGUGUCCAUGCUGUCAAAGAUUUAAUUAAGCAAUUGCCAAAACCAAACCAAGAUACCAUGCAGGUACUUUUCAAACACCUCAAGAGAGUAGUGGAAAAUGGAGAGAAGAACCGAAUGACCUAUCAAAGUAUAGCAAUAGUUUUUGGUCCAACUUUAUUAAAGCCAGAAAAAGAGACUGGUAACAUAGCGGUUCAUACAGUGUACCAGAAUCAGAUUGUAGAAUUAAUUCUGCUGGAAUUGAACUCCAUCUUUGGACGUUGAAGUGUUCUCAGACUGCAAACUGGAAGUGAUGGAUUGGCACCAGUGUCCCAUCAAAAGUCAGAUAUCUCUGUAUGUGAUGUAUUGUGUUCGUGGACCAAGCAGCAUCUUGAUUUUGCACUUUUGGGGGCGGGAAGGAAGAAACAGAAGGAGAGUUUGACCAUUUUAACUGCUAUUUAUGCAAGUUGUUAACAUUUGGAUUUCACUCGUUACAAAAUUUCAGUAGUUUAUACUCUGCGUUUUUUGUAACAAACUACACGUCUAGUAUAGGCAUACACUGGAUUUCUUGGUGAGAAAAACUUGAUUUCAAACUGGAUAAUCUGGAACUGCUUUUUAUUUUAUUUUUUUUUAUUUUUUUUAAGUCCUCCAGUUGGUAGGGCAAGGAAUCUAUCAACUGGCCUUGAAAAUUUAAGUGAAAAGAAUUGCUUCCUAAGCUCUUAUACUAAAUCUGUUUGAUUUAGUAUGAUUUAGAUCUUUUGAUCUGUGUGGAUCAUUUCAGCUGGGUUUCUGCAUGCAGUGGCUUUCUUAAAUUAGUGCUAACAGUGGCCAGUUUGGUUUACAGUAAUCCAAAUCUAAUCCUUCAUUUGAGGCGCUUUUUU